AAAUGGUAUAAGAAAGAUCGGCACACUCAUCGUGCUCAGUUGAGUGAAACAAUGAACUUAGAAGUUCGUUUUUAUCUAGUGCCUUCUUCACUCAUAACAAACGCAUGAUCAGUAUGAGGACUCACAUGCAUUACAAUUAAGAAGCAUGCCGUUUUCGUCUUUAUUCGAUGGCAUUUCGUGACGUGCUUUCAUUUGUACGAGGACCUUUCGCUUUCCACGACAUCCUCGAUGUCCCACCACGCGCAAGGGGUGGUCGCAUUGCGGGAAUCUGUGAUCACGGUUGAAGCUGCUGCAAGCAUUUCAGAAUGAGAACUGCUGCAGAAGCCUCAAGUAAACGGGAAGUUACUUCUUUGGUCGUUCCUUUGUCGACAAAUUGUUUUGGAGGCUCAAUUAGAGUUGCUGCACAAGAAACACGAAGGAAACGGCGUUGCGGCCUUUAGGAAAACCUGACGCAUACUCCGGAUCCUGAUACGGGCGUUGAGUGGAGGUCAUGGCCAACAAGAGCGUACGGACAAAGUGAGUGGAAAUCAGAUGAAGUGAGUAGUAGAACUAGAACGACCAGUGACCGCCUGUCGAAGAAAGACGCGCCUACCACCGUCUCCGUUCUUAACCACGCCGGGAGACGCAUUUCUUCUGUUGUGGUGGGACGAGCGCCGGUAGAUCCGCGUUGUGACAUUAUACCGAUUUUAUUCGCUACCACGGAGUUCCCAAGAAGAACAAGAUGAUGUUCCAAAAUUUCUCUUCCCUAAAACUGGGCGACUUCCACAGCUUCGCUAAGGAAACGGCGCAAAAAGCAAGAGAGGCUGCAGAAAAAGCGGCCGAGCAAACUGCGAUCAAAGCGAAGGAGGCUAGGGAAGCUGCGCAAAACGCAGUCCAGGUGGUUCAAGAUGAAUAUCGAUUAAGACCCCUACUUGUUACCAGUGUUAUGAUGUACUUUCUUUUUCUUAGUUGAUGUAAGUAAGUAAACCUUCUGAAGAAGGAGUGAGUAAUUUUCGUAGGCGUUAGUUGUGUUACUUCGUCGAAUUGAUACGCCAUCACUGUGAUCUCGAUUUGGCUUUCUUCGAGACUCGAGUUGAAGGAACAAGUGCCAAACCGAUUGGAGUAGAAGAUCAAUCAGAAGAAGUACGAAUAAAAAGUAUGGAACAGGAGGAAGCGGGAACUUCUAAAUCAAGCGACGUUCGAGGAACAGCUGACGAGCAUCUAUGAUGUCAUCCCAAAGCGCCUGCUCAUAAUGGAAUACCCGUCUCCGGACAAAAUCGCGAGACUAGCCAACCGUCUAAACCGCCUCUACCAGGACAAAUACCUCGUUCUCAACAUGAGCGAACAUGGGUACUUAUAUACAUAUAUGAAUAUAACUUGUUUUUUUUCCACUACGCCAGUACAUCAAAAAAUCAGAACUAUUAACUGAUGAAUAUGGUGGACAUGCACAUCGGCCCACACACCCCCACGAUGAAGUAAGCAAAUUUAUUCAAUGGUCAUCUCUUAAUAGGAUUUGUGAUAGAUUUUUCUAUUCUGCGUCAUCGUAACCUGCAUUUUCACAGAUAUGAAGCACGAGAAUUUCGUGGCGAAGUUAUGGAUAUUCGAUUUCGUGGACUGCCGAGCCCGCCCUUGGAGCUUUUCUUCAAGCUUGUGAUAUCCGUCAAGCAGUGGCUGGAUACUAGUCCUGAGAAUGUUGCUGUGGUACUACUUCGCGUGAUUCGAGUAACAUGUUGUGACAACUACAAGUGAGUUUUAGUUUGGUCCACACAUGAUCACUUACAAUGCACAAGAGAUGAAAUUGAAAAAUUACAGCUGUCAUAGAAGUCAUUCUGUAAGCGGGAUAGUAAUAAGUACAGCUAGACCAACACAUCAACAGUUGCGACUGAACUAGUGUCCAUAUGGAUGAGCAUCAUUGCAACCACCUCCAGGUCCACUGUUUUUCGGGAUAUACGCGUUCGGCGAUGUUCUGCGCCUGCUACUUAUAUUGGUCUGCGUACUGUCAGACCACGCAGAGAGGCUUGGAGUAUACACUGCGACGGGUGAAAGUGAAGGAGAGCAAUAUUCUGCCAACGCAAAAGCGGUAUAUGGAGUACUUCGAGCAGGUGAUGGCUGAUGGCGCGCGCGUUUCCCCGUGCAAAAAGUAUUUGACGCGAGUGCUUAUCACUGGAAUACCAAAUUUUCUUGAUCCAGUAGUUGCGCAACAACCUGGUACUUUUGCACCUGCCGGACGAGUUUCUUCAGGGGUAGGUGCAGCGGAGCAAGUUUCAACAAAGUCUGCCUCGCCACUGACAGCGACAGCUAGCGCAACUGGUGCAGCCUCCUCCGACCAAUUGAGUAAAGUAGCUGCAUCAACUAGUGCUGUUGUACAACCAGGGGAUGCAGCAGCGGCUUGGUCAGCGACUAGCGGAGCAGCGACCACCUCAUCAGCGUCUGCCCCACCGCCUCCUCCUGCGGACCAGACCACCGCGUCAGGCGAAGGAGGGGGAACGUCCUCAUCGAGUAACAGUUCACCACCACCACCACCACCACCGCCGCCAACUGGUUCCAGUGGAAACGCUUCCUCAUUUGGUGACAUGUUUUCUAGUUUUAGUGCUACCAUGCGUACGUCGUCAAAAGACGCCGCGUCACAGAAGCUGCUCUCGUUCGGCAAGGAGGUGUCCGCGAUAAGCAAAGACUUUUCUCAAUCCUUCAAGAGCUUCGCGCAAAGUAGCACGCUUACAGAGGGUUUCCAAAGACUAGCCGCCGGGGGCACCACGGCAACUACAAGUAGUGGCUCAGAGAUAAAGGAAAGCGGUGUUACUACAAAUACGGUCCGCGGAGGAACAGGAACUACAGCAGCGGGAACCCCGGUGGAACAACAAACUGCAAGUAGUGCCAUUGACGACGCUGCUUCAUCAGACAGCGAGGAAAAGAAGAAGGAGCCAAUUUUCGUGCCGUAUUUAGGUACCUUGGAUGUUUGAAGAUGGUGAUGGAGACACACAGACACACACACACAAACACCUUUAUCUUAAUCUUCGGAAUGACAAUGGGAGGUCUUCAGUAAGUACAGGAGGUCCUUUCUGCUUCAUAGUGCUAUGACUGCAGCUCCGCUUCUGCUUAAUUUAUAUUUCCUUCAAGCAACAUGAACAUCAUUUAUACAACUAGUAGAGCUGUUCUGUUUAGAGUCAAGUGCACACUUUCACCUUUUCAAUCCCACGAUCAUAACAGAAAUAUGGCACAAGGAGAAAUUGCUUUUCUCAUCGUGGAACUCGCUGAACCCAAAAACAAGCCCAAGUCGUGAAUAUUUUGCGUCCGACACCUGCGUGCCUUUCGCCCUCAAAGAUGAUGGCAAGUAUCUCUGUCCUCCUCUAGAUGGGGACGUUCUCCUACGCGUGAGGCAUUUCGACAAGCGGAAUAGAGCAAAGAGUUCAGCAUUUCGCUUGGGUAUUACUUCUUACGUCGCUAAGGUUAAGGAGCAAGGUCUGUUGAAAAUAUGAUCGUUAUUUUCAUUUAGACUAGUAGUUAUGUAUAAAAGUACGUAGAGUUAUUACUAGUAGAGUAGAAGAGGAGCGACCUGCUACAGCUAUUUGUUGCAGGCUCCUUUAUCGUCCCAUGCAAAUGCAUUGGAUCAUCUUCUGAAAUCACAGGCUUCAACACGAACUACGUUUCGAGUAAUUUUUUGCAUUUUCCGAACUCGGAGUUGGAUACAGCAACGAUAGAAUUUCCGGCAGAUGGCUUUGUCGAUCUCUUUUUCGAGGAUGCCAAUGAGGAGAACGGCGGAGAAACGAAAUCAGCAGGGAACAUUGAAAAGGAAGGAGCUGUGUUCGAACGCGCUAAACAACUCUUCGACGAAAUUCGAGAAAAAGAAGCGGAAUUGUUACGAAAGCAAGUUUUAGAGGACAAAGAAAAUCGACUUCGGAGUGCAGGGAAAGGAGCGGGAUCUGCGGGCGGUGGUACUUAUUUUCUGACUUUUCUCUCCAUGUAACAAGUAGUUGGAUGAUACGUGGUGAAUACCUGCCUCCUUGUUCCUACAGCUUCUUUCGAGUUCUACGUACUGGUCAGGUGCUUGUCUUUGUUGUACCAUUCGAUUUCGAUCAUGGCCUCGUCCUUCUCAGGAUCUAGCGAAAAUGGCUCCAUCGAGGAGCGCAUGCAAACAGAGGAGGAGUUUGAUCGCUUGCAGCGGCAACUCAUUGACCUUGACUCACCGUCUGGCGGAGGUGCGGCGGUCGCGAAUGGUGACGUAGUGGAUGUGGAUGCGCUUUAUGGUAUGGACGACGCGGCGUGGCGGAUGGAGGGACCAGCCGGCUCGGCGCCGUCGUCGGCCUCGAAAAAUAGAGGAACGAGUAAUAGAUCAGACCACAGCAACAGUACUACGAGUUUGAAAGACAGCCUGCGAGCAGUAGCGGAGACGAAGAACGUCGCUGUUGUGGACAUGACGACACCGAAAAGCGACGAGGGGGGUCCGCCAACAACACCUAGCGGAGUCACCGCAGGAGCUGACAAUAUCGACUUUUCGAAAGCAAAUAAGCAAGAUGAAAAAGAAACAGCAGCACCGCCUCCACCACCAGCAGUAACUCAACCUCCACCACCGGCAACUACAACCACAACUAAAAACACUACUUCUACUGGUGGAGCAUCAGAACCCUCUGCUCCACCCGCCGCACAAACACCGCCCGCGACUAGCAGCGCAACAUCAGGAAGCAGCGAUGGCGGCGCAGAUUUGCUGAGCGACCUCCUAGAACGAAAAACGGUCGAAGUCUCGGCUGCACCUGGGCCGGCCGAUAAAAAGGCUGCCUCACCAGCUGCAGACGAUCUUUUGGACAGCUUAAUGCAAGCUGGUCCAGAAGAUAAGGCCAAAAAAGAUGAGCAGGAGGAAGAUGAGCUGGACGACUUGCUCACAAUGAUUUGAUUGAUGAAGAUGAGCUGUUUGAGUUCCCGCAUUUGUGAUAGUCUUCUUGUCGUACACUAAAUCGUUGUCCUCUUCUAUCGCUCUCAUGUGGUUGUUCAUGAUCAACGUUGUUCAUCGUCCCUUGGUGACGCUGAUGCUGAGGUUGAUGGAAUGUUCCAGUAUUUGUAAACUACUUGUUGACCUCCAUGAAAAUUUCAGAAUC